AAAUUAUUGAUUAAAGUUCGAACACCCUGCAAAGGAUCCCCCUAGCGGACCACUUGCUGAUUGGCUAAUGGACACGCAUGCGAAUUCACAGCCACCCGCACGAUGUAAUGGCGCCGUUUCCGUCAUGGAUAAAGUUUUAUUCAAACGCAACUGUCAUGGCAACAGCGUCGUCGGGGGCAUGCUUCCAGAUGGGAGACACCUUCCUCGCUGCUGAAACCGAUGAUAAAUUUAACAGGAAAGUGGGAGAAAGGGAAUUUAAAGGGAAAGUGGCCUCUGAGAAGAAGGCAGAAUUCCUCCGGAAUGCGGAGAAGUUUAGAAAACAGAUUAAUGUCUUGGAAAAAGAGAAGUUCCAGAGUAUUCAAAGUAAAAGAAGUGCCUUCAGAGGUGGUUUUGAAGAGCUGGAGGAGCUGGGCAGCAGCCUCCAGGAAGACAGGAAGGCUGAGGUCAAGAAACUCCAACAGCGACUUGCGAAAAUCUGCAAUGGCGUGAGCCGCUUCCGGGCGCAGCUGGUUGACAUGAAGCCUACUGCACAAGUUCUUGAAAAGCUGAACGAAUUGAUGACUGAAGUCGAGAGCUCCAUUGGCGCUUUGAAGGAGGAGCAGUGCCGUGGCUAUGAGGAGCUCUGCAAAGCGGAGAGGAUUUGCUGGUUGGAGAUUUGUGCACUUGAGAAGAAGGUAGAAGCCUGGACCUUGGGUGUGGCUGCAGGCCCCCAGGAUCCUCCCCCCUCUGCCAAAGUGCUCCUGGUCCAUGCCCUGGAGAAGGACUUGCCACCAGAGGUGGUGGAGCUUGAGAUGUUCCUACAGCGAACUGGAGGCAGGCUGGGAGGCUGGGACCAGUAUGAUCACCAGACCUUCCUCAAGGUGUGGACCAAGUACAGUGGCAGGCCAGCCUACAGGAAAGAAGCUCUGCUCUACCUGCAAGGCAAGGCGGAAGAGGAGAUUCAGCAGCAUGAGGAUUGGUAUCGGAUGCUCCUGUCUCUCCAGGAGAAAAAGAAGGAGGCCAUCCUCCGAUGGAAAGCCAAGCGGCAGCAGGAGAAGGAGGCACAGUGCCAGCAGCAGGUUAAGGAAGAGGACGCCACAAGGCAGAAGAAGGCUGGGCUGGAGGUGGCUCACCGGUGCCGGCUGGAGGAGGAGAGGCGGGAAGCUGCGGUCCGCCUAGAGGCUUGGAGGACACAGCGCGGGCUGCAAAAGGCUCAGGAAAAUCAGCGUAAGCUCCAGGAGGAAGUGCUGCAGAGGAGGCAGGAAAAAGAGGAGCACAGGAAGCAGAUGGAGGUGAAGAUGAGGGUGGAGGCCUACAUCCAGCAGAGGAAGGAACAAGAGGAGCUUCUUGUGCAGGAGAAGGAAACUCAAGAACAUGCAGAGAUGGAGGAGAGAAGGAGGUGUGCAGCUAGAGGGAUCAAACAGUUCCAGGAGCGGGACCUUCAGAAGCUGGAGACCAAGCUGCAGGAGAGACAGGCUAAGAAGGAUGAGGAGGCUGAGCGAGGAAGGAGGCUGGCGAGGCUGAAGGAGAAGGUUGAAGGGCUCGUCAUUCGAGACCCUGAAAGGCUCUCGAAGUCCACCAAGGUGUGGGAGGAGCGCGCCAAGCACGUAGGGCCGUCAGGGGGGGGUCGAGUAUUCCAUGUGUUUCACAGGGCUGUGCCAGCAUGGAGACAAGACCUGUGACCAGCAGCCCGUCUGUCAAACAUGGCAACCGUGGACUACUGUAAAAUUCUAAGUACUAAUGUAAUUUAAUGUGAAGUAGUACAUGGAGGACCAAAUUACUCGCAGUAAUUUAAAUUAAAAUAUUACAUUUGUAAUUAAAGUGAAAAUACAUCAUGAAAUCAGAGCUGUUGUUAUCCUUUUUCAUGGUGCACUGAAGUCUUUUCACUCUUUCAUAAAUUUGUAUUUAAGUAUUCUCAAUAUACAGCCGUGGAAAAUUUUAAGAGACCAUUCUAUAUUUUUAAACAAGUCUGCAUUUAAACAAAUUUAGUCCUGAUUCUGCUGUGAGGAGGCUACUCUGAGCAACAGGUUGCUUCCAGGUUCAAAAUUUCUAAGACAACAGUACAUAAGCAUAAGGUGAAGCAGGAGACACUGGGAACGACCAGAAAGCAGCCAGGAGAAGGAUGGAAGCGGCUUCCUAACGCCAGAGAUGACCGUUAACUUAUCCGAUGGUUUCUCAUGAAUCGUAGGAUGAUAUCAAGUGACCUUCAAAAGAAAUGGAAAACAUUAAGUGCAGCUGUGAAGUGCAAUGCUAGGGCAGUUCAUAUCAGGCUCCUAGAAGCAGGACUGAAGUCCCAUAAAGCUAGGAAGAAACCCUUCAUCAAUAAGAAGCAGGGAUUAGCCAGGCUGGAGUUUGCAAAACAUUUAUAGUUUACACAGAUGCUUACUUAUAAAUUCAGAAAUGAGUGAAACAAAAAAAAUUAUGCUGUGGUCUCUUAAUUUUUUCCCGUGGCUGAAUAUAUUAUAUUAUACUAUACUAUGUAUUAUAUAUGCAUUAUUUCCAAACACUGAUUUUGCCAAAAGAGUUUUCAUGAUGGUGGGUUGACUUUUCACAAACGUCAACAGAAAGGGGCUUAGCUUACCAAAGUUUGAUUGGGUUGUACUCCGCCAAGCUUUUUCAAUCAAUUUGCACCUGUGCUGGCCACAAAUUUCUUGUAUGAAUACAGAAAUGGCUUCAAAAAGACAGUCGAUGUCUGAACUGUUUUGCUAGUGUGCAGAUCGCUUGGAUUCUGUUCUCAACGACAAGGAUGACGACCUCCCGAUGAACGCAAACAGAACAACAGCAAUAAACCCUACUGAAUGGAGGUACUGUUACACUGCGUUUCUCUUUGUAGCUGGCUGUAAAUCUGCAGCUAUUGUGAUAAUGGAUAAUGGCUCUGAUUGUAUGAUGUAUUUGCAAAACAAAAUGCCACAUUUAAUUAAUUAUUAAUGUAAUCGUUAAUUCAUUGUGAGUAAUUUGGUCCUCCGUGUUAUUGUACUUGUAUAUUAUUUGACAGCACAGAUCUUUCAGUUUCAAUGGUAUUUCUUAUGGUAUUCAGAAUAUUCUGUCAUGACAGUGGUAGUACUCUGUGUCAUCCUCUUGUUGUAUAUGUUUACCUGAUUGUCCAUUUCCUGUCAAGUGAAGAUGUUUCUUUGAGGAUUGUACCAUUCCUCACAACACAAGGUAUCUGAGACUCCACUGCCUUGUUUAAGUGAGUCUGCUGGAUCCAUUUCUGUCUCCUCAUUUUGCUGCUCCGACUCUCAGAGUUUCACUGCCCAUGCUUUGUUUGCCUCUGACGUUUUAGUUUGUUCUCCCAUCUACUCAAAAUUCAGUGACACAGAUUACAAACAUGACUCUCAAGUGCGUUAAGUCCAUUCCUCACAUAUGUCCAUGGAUAAAAGUUUUUUUUUUUACUCAUUUCAUUUAAUUCUUUUCAUCCAUCCACCUUCCAAUGACACCUUCCAGUUCGCAGAUCCAGAACCCAGGAUGCACAGGGAACAAGGUGAGGGGAAACAUCUUAGACAAGAUGCUAUUCCAUUGCCAAGGGCACACACUCAUUUAAGGGCAAUUUUAGAGACACCAGCUCACCUAACUGCAUGUUUUUGAACUGUGAAAGGACACCUGAAUCCCAGAGGAAAACCAUGGAUCUAAACCAGCUCCAAACAAACAUGGGAUUUGAGUCCACGACCCUGGAUGUGUGAGGUUAUAGUGCUGCCCCCUAAGCAACAUCAUGCCCCAGUUUCAUUUUAGAGAAGAAGUAUUUCAAAGGCACUCUUGCUAACAUAAAAUAAGAUAUUGCAGUAAACAGAGAGGACUGCAAACCAUUUUUUUUUAUGUUUUAAAUGUGAACCGUACAAUUGACACCUCUUUAAGAUAUAAUAAUCAAUAAAAUUUACUGGGUACUAGUUGAGUGAAAUGCAGUUACAUAUUAAGUGUACAGCUGGCCAAUUAUGCGUGUUCUUGUGAUUUAUUUCCCAGUCACAAUUAGAAUAAGUGUUAGUAUGAUUCAACAUGAAUAAAGGGUCAAUCUUUGGAGAGGGUGAGCAUCCUAGUCACUGUAAAGCAGGUGUCCUGCAUCUGGUUUGUCUGUGAUUGAUAUAAAU